CCUCCUCUUCCUCCUCCUCCUCUUCCUCCUCAUAGCAGCUAACCAGCUAGCUGUAGCUGACGCUGGAAAAACAGCCCGAACUCCGGCAGGUUUGAAGGGAACACUGAGCUCCCGCUGGAAGAGUCUUUCUCCUCGGUAAACCCUGAGCCUCCUCCAGGGCUCUGAAGGAGUCGCCAUGAUGGACAGUUAGCAGCGGGGUUAGCUGCAGUUAGCUCCGGGAGAACUGGAGCCUCUUACGCCGCUCUUCAGCUCUCAAAGGUCGGAUUAACUGUCAUGUCAUCAGCCGUUCACAGCAGCCAGAAAGCUGAUGGGUCAUGCUGAGUGAGCAGCGCCGGUUCCUCCUCUGUGCCUGAGUGGGACCAGCAGCAGCAGCUUGGUACCGUUCCCAUUCCCUGGACUGCUUGUGGGUUCGGUGAGAGGAGGAUGGCCUUCCACGGUGCUGGGCGGCAGACUGUCUGUGGAGAUUUGUUUCCAGGCUCUGAGCUGGGCCACAAGUUCUUCUGUGUUGGGUCAUCCUGCGGCGCACCCUCCACGGGCCUCAGCGCCACACCAUGCCUGACUGGACCCAGCGCUCCGGCCGGGACCCCCCGACACCCUACGGCUCUGGGAGGGAGCGCCGGCGGCGGAGCGGCAGUUCCUCAGCCUUACAGUAACCCGGCCAGCGAGGUCCCGAGCCCUGCAGAGAUGGAGCCGGACCGACCCAUCGGAUACGGAGCGUUUGGAGUUGUUUGGUCCGUGACCGAUCCUCGGGACGGUCGGAAAGUGGCUCUGAAGAAGAUGCCCAAUGUCUUCCAGAACCUGGUCUCCUGUAAGAGGGUCUUCAGAGAGCUGAGGAUGCUGUGUUUCUUCAAACAUGACAACGUUCUGUCAGCUCUGGAUAUUUUACAGCCUCCGCAGAUCGACUGCUUCGAGGAGAUCUACGUGAUCACGGAACUGAUGCAGAGCGACCUCCACAAGGUGAUCGUGUCUCCUCAGCCUCUCACCACGGACCACAUCAAGGUCUUCCUGUACCAGAUCCUCCGAGGCUUGAAGUACCUGCACUCUGCUGGGAUUCUGCACCGAGACAUCAAACCUGGAAACCUGCUGGUCAACAGCAACUGUCUGCUGAAGAUCUGUGACUUUGGCCUGGCCCGCGUAGAAGAGCCUGACCCGUCGCGUCACAUGACCCAGGAGGUGGUGACUCAGUACUACAGGGCUCCAGAGGUGCUGAUGGGCUGCCGGCACUACGGCUCGGCCAUUGACGUCUGGUCGGUGGGCUGCAUCUUCGCUGAGCUGCUGGGCCGGCGGAUCCUGUUCCAGGCUCAGAGCCCCAUCCAGCAGCUGGAUCUAAUCACGGAUCUCCUUGGAACGCCGCCUCUGUCCGCCCUGGCUUCAGCCUGUGAGGGGGCCCGAGCACACAUCCUCAGGGGCCCCCACAAAGCGCCGUCGCUCUCGGUGCUCUACAUGCUGUCGGACGGAGCCACGCAUGAAGCCGUGCACCUUCUCUGCCGCAUGUUGGUCUUUGACCCGGCCAAGAGGAUCUCAGGCAGCGACGCCCUGUCACAUCCGUACCUGGACGAAGGCCGCCUGCGGUACCACACCUGCAUGUGCCAGUGCUGCUACUCCGUCCCCAGUGGGCGGGUUUACACCCGGGACUUUGAGCCGGUCGCUGAGCGGCCGUUCAGCCACAGCUACGAGAACAGUCUGCUGUCUGUGUGGCAGGGAAAAGAGUUGAUCCAUCGCUUCAUCACGGAGCACCAGCAGGGCAAACGGGUUCCUCUGUGCAUCAACCCUCAGAGCGCCGCCUUCAAGACCUUCAUCAGAUCGACCGCGUGGCAUUCCUCCAAGGUGUCCAGGAAGGAGGAGAGAUGAACGCUCCUCCUCUUCAUCAUCAGGAGGAGCAGCAGGAGUCUGACAGGGUUUGGGUCCUUUCUUUCUCCUCGUCUUCAUCCUGAUGGGAAAACCGGUGAACCUUCCUGACUGAACCAGACCGACCUCAUGUUGUUGUUUUUAUUUUGGUUCUCCUGCCACGUUCCCCGAACAUGAAACCUGAUCCACCCAGACACACUCCUCAGUAAAGACCAAAUGCUGCUGAUGUUCUUUAGGAGGAACUGGGAGGGACUUGGAUCUCGUUUGAUGAAGUCAUUCCCGCCCGGUCCGAAGCCCUCUUCACGCUCCCCACACAUGGCCACGCCCUCUUCCUGUUAAGCUCCCGAACUCAUCACUCACUGUGUUCUCGUCUCGCGGCGUUGCCGUGGCGAUCGUGAUGCAACCUCACCAGAUGUAGCAGGUCUAAUCAACACUUCCUGGUUCUGUUUGUGGUUGGGUGCUUUCCGAUCCUGAUCCCAGAUCAUCGUCUGAUUUACCUUCAGGGUGAAGAUGCUACGAUCAGGAUGUUCAGCAGCAUUUGUUUCCCUCAGACUUGCUGGUGUUUUUAUUCCUGGCCUCGUCUCUAAGACACCAACUCCGUGUUUUUCGUUUCUUUGUGGUUCAGUUACCUCAAAACUUCCCAGAAACGUUCUAGCAUUACUAGAACCGAGGAUGGCCACAGAACCACAGACAGUUUCACACCUGACAUGAAAGCAUCUCGUCGUUCCUCCCAGUUUUACCUCGUUCUUCGUCUCCGACCCGGAUCUAGGAGCAGGAUUCACUUGGAGAAAUGCUGCUGCUGUUCUGGUUCAGGUGGCCUAUUGUAGAUGAACCGUAGAAACCCAAACUGUGGCGCUCCGGUUUCCAUCUUAGUUUGGAUUAACAGGAUCCAUCUGCAUCUGGAUAUAUUUACAAACGGGUCUCAGAAUCUGGUCCAGCAGCUGAUUGUUCCUCCAGCCGUGUUUCCACAUCUGUCAGAUGAUUUCACUGGGAUCCAACAGAAUAUCAGAGCAGAAUCUGCUAGGUUUUUUUUAGCUCACAGCUGUUCUGACCAGACGGACCUUCAUUAGCCAGAAGUUGGGCUGUUUUGUACAUUCAGCAGCCACUCACAGUGAGGUCAGAGGUCAGAGUUGUUUUCUUCGUUUAAUUCUAUGAAUAAAAUCAGCAAAAAGAGCCAAAAUGAAGGAUUUCAUGAUUCAAAGUUAGUGUUUUCCAAACGGUACCUGAGAUGUUCUGUGAGCUAAGGUUUCCCAGAUAGAAGCUGUAGGUUCUGUCCAGAUAAAAACUCUGCUGCGGGGUUCUGUCUUCUGGGUUUCAUUCUGGAAGACUGCUGGAGAUCCAGAGAAGGAUCGGCCGCCUACGCUGCAGCUCAGAGGGGGAAACAGCACCAGGCCCAAAUGACUCCAUUGUUCCUGAACCUUCUGUACACACACACUUAGGAGUCCAGAACCCGUCUGUAUUCUGUCGUAACAAAACUCCUCUGAAAGGGCCAAGUGCAUUUCAAAUCUCAGAACCUUUAAGCUCGGAUCAUUCUUGAUAAAGUGUAUCCUGAUCCAGUUUGUGUUUCCGACAGAAUCUCUUUGCAGAUGUAGAUCUAGAACCCACUUUUGUUCAUAAAGCAGGAGAUGUUCCUGAAUGAAAUGAAAGAACCAAGGUUUCUGGACAAGCGGGAAGUUGGUUUUCCUGACCUUUAACCCCUGCAGUCGGGUCGAACGCUGCGCUGUGCUCCGUCUGCAGCUCUGUUGGUGCUGCCAGGAGCGUUCUUCCCAAACUCUGCAGGGAAACGGGUCAAACGCUCCUGUGGAAGCUUAAACAAUCAGGAUGUUAAAUGAUGCGACCUUGGUGGGAGAAUAGAAUCCGAUUGGUGCCAGAGUUCUUCGAAACGGGUCAGAGGUGCAGGGUGUUGGGUCACGUGUGUUAAUCCUGGUCAGGAAUGUUGGAAACACGGCUCCCUGGAAGAAUCUGCAGAAUCAGCUGCUGGGAAGAUCCGAGGUCCCAGGAAUAAUUCAGGAUCAGGUUCCCUCUAAAUGAAAACCUCCGGGUCGGCACCAGGACCCUCCUGUAUAUGUGCAUGUGUAUAUUUAUUCCCCGUGGAAAGCGUGUGGGUGUGGAUGCUGUGCAAUGCUCCGGUUUAUGGACAGAACCAUUAACUUCGUGCUUCUUUUAUUUAAUUCCUCUUAGCAGGUGCUUUAUUAGGAGCUUUGUUGUGAUUCAUUAGAUUCUGUUUCUUCUUCUUCUGGAGUCGAGGGAACGUCCAACCGUUCCCUAAAACCUUCUGCAGCGUUCAGGUUUCUGUAGGAUCGUUUAGUUGUGGAAAAAUACUAAACUUUGCUGCGUUUCAGUUACAUUUCUGACCUUAAAUCACACAACGAGUCUCUGAGGUGGCUUCAUAUCUGGUCAGAUCUUCUUCUCAGAUCAUGUUGAGUCUCAGAAAACCUUCCGGUUUGCAUCUAAUCAGGUUCCUGCAGAUGUUUCAGAGAUCAGUUCAUAAGAAAGCAGCUGGAAAAUGCUUGGACCUGAAGGGAAAAAUGGAGUAAAGAGCAAUAAGACUUUAUCUCCACUAGCUGACCCGUCGGCCCAGUUCCAGGGGGAUCCGGUUCCUGUAACCUAUUAAAAUGAUUACAUUAUAACUGGGGGAACUGCAAGAAUCUCAGUGGUUCAGUUUGACCCAGAGCAUGAACCCAUCUGAGGUACUAGUUUGUCAUUUGAGUUGCAGAUGUGUUUUGGACUCGUCGUUAGUGAGACCCUUCCAGGUUAGAACCUGUGUUCCCGGCACUGUUCUGAGAUCAGCCGACGUAGAUUUAGACACUUUCCUUCUGAUUAUUAAAACUUGAUGUUUAUUAAUCUCGAUAUAAAACGAUGUUUCUGUCUUUGUUUUAGCUGAAAGCUUCUGUUUUUAUUUUUGACUUGUUCCCGACAGAUACUUGAAUUUCUUAACCUGUUUAGAGUAAAGUAGUGGAUGAUGGUGAAUAAAUAAAUGGACACUGGAUCUGGU